AUGCAUGCUAAAGCAAUCAGCCUAUUCACUCACCUCUCAAAAAUCAAUAUAAUCCCUUUAAAGAAAGCUCAGGAAAUAGAUCGUGCAAUUAGAGGUGCAAUCAGACGUAAAUUAUUAAUGGACAGAGCAACUCCAACAAGUUUCUUUCACCUGCCAUUAGAAGAAGGUGGAUUAGGAUUACCAUCAAUUGAGGAAUUCUCUGAAAGAAUGAAUUUAAGAACUAUGAAUUUAAUCGCCAAUAAUAAGAAUAAGUUAAUAAGAAAAGCUUUCAAACAUGGUAUCAAACAUUGUGAGGAAACUAAAGAUAAUAUUUAUGCUAAAUGGUUAUCUGUACUUAAAGAAUAUAAUCUCACAUUUGUGCAGAAUGAUACGAAAUUUAGAAUAGCCAAAAUUAAAACAGGGAAUAGUUUCGAUAUCCAUACAGAUGGAUCUAGAAUUAAUCAAAAGACAGGAAUGGGUAUUAAUAUUUAUGAUACCUCAAAUAGAUCAGUUCCUUGUAAAACUUUAUCCCUCAGAAUCAAUAAUCAUUAUUCAAAUAAUAUAGCCGAAAUAUGCUCUAUAAUAACUUCUAUUAAUGUAAUCCCACGAAACUCUAAAGUUACCAUUCAUACUGAUAGUGAAGUUGCAAUAGAAGUUCUCAAAGAUAGAUACAAAGGAGAUUUUCUAACAUUAAAAGAAGCCUUCUUUAGAACAACCAAAAAUAGAAAAAUAGAAUAUGAAAUUAAGAAAGUUGAAGCACACAAAGAUAGCGAGAAUAUCAAGGUUGAUUUAAUAGCAAAGAAUGCUACAACCAGAGAUGAUAUUUUUGAUAUUCGUAAUUUACUCAAGAAUCAACACCUCCUUGUUAAGGAUGGUGUUGUCAUCUUCAAUCAUAAGAAGAUGACCAUAACAAGACAUUUAAGUGUAAGACAUAAUAAGAUGAAUGAAAACCCUAACUUUAUUCUAAACCAAAGUUGGUAUUCUCUUAAUGUGCAAUACCUUAAAACUCGUCUUACUCCUAAAACUAAAUACUUUAUAUGGAGAAAUUCCAUCAAUGCCCAUAUCAAUUUUGGUAAGGGUAAAAGUUUCUGUUACGAUUGUGGUACAGAAUCUGAUUUAUUCCAUUACAUUCAUGAGUGCCCUGGCUUGGAUAGUGCCAGGUAUUUUUGUCAGUCAAAGAUAUCUGAUAUUCUUGAAGGGAGAGAGUGCUUACUUUCUCAUUUUCAAUUCAAACCAGAAAAGCAUCACCAUGCAUUACAUUUCCAUCAUAACGGAAUCACCUCUUUCGAAGAUGGAUACAUGCAAUUCCAUAAAGACAUCGCUAAGAAGUGGCCAGAGAUCCAAGGUGCCAUUUCUAACUUUGUCGGCCGUUCCUAUUCUAACUAUUAUAUUGACUCCAAAUAA